CACGGGGCGGCGCUGCGCUGUCAUGGUGACGCAAGGAGCCUAGGAACCCUAUCGAGCUCCUGCCCAGACCUGUCUAGAGGCUGAGGCUGGCUGUGAGGAGGCUGCCGGGCGGCCAUUGUGCGCCUCUGGAGGCUACCAUUCUACCUUCAUGGCUGUGGUGUAAGGAAGCAGAGCGGGUUACUAAGACAAGAGAUGGUUGAAUGUUGUCGACCAACACAUAAGAUGGGGGCAACCAUUGACAUCGAUGUAACGGAGGACAUGGACGUUUCUGAAACGCAGUGGGGUUGGUUCUACCUGGCUGAAUGCGGUAAAUGGCAUAUGUUUGAGACAACGUCCACAGCCUAUUGCUCCAUAAGUAGCCAAGAGAUUGAACAACACUACAAAGCAAAUCCGCACGCUUCGGUAAACUUUAGGACCAUGAAGUUCAACUACACAUUAGAUUUUAUAGGCAUGAAACAGACCAAUCUAUGCACCGGAAAACAAAGGCCAGUAAAGCGAGCCCCGUUUUCAAUUUCUGCUUUCAGUUACAUCUGUGACAAUGGAUCUAUUCCUAUGCCGUCUCACUGGGAACACGUGAAUAACUCUGAGCCCUAUCAGCUCAUUCCAUUGAUCAAGUGUUGUAAUGAGUAUAAUGAAGUGGCCAAUCUAUUUGGAGACUCCAUGGAUAAGAACCGGAUUGCAAAUAUUCUUAGGAUACAAAAUCUAGAUUUAUGGGAGUUUUACUGCAGAAAGAAAGCUCAGCUGAAGAAGAAGAAGGGUCUGUCUCAGAUUGCAGAAGAGAUGCUGUUUCACGGGACGAGUAAUGAGUUUGUUAAUGCCAUCUGUAUCCAUAACUUUGACUGGAGGAUUAAUGGGAUACAUGGAGCUGUGUAUGGGAAAGGUACAUAUUUCGCAAAGAACGCAUCCUUAUCAAGCCAGUACUGUAAAAACACGGGCAAGCACGGGCCAACGCUGAAACUGCAUGGAGUCACCUCGGACUGCUUUCAGUUCUUCUCUAAGAAAUCCAUGUUUUUGGCUCGAGUCGUGGUGGGGGAACACGCCACUGGAGACAGCAAGUACAUCCGACCGCCAUCGAAGGAUGGCAGCCUCACGAACCUGUAUGACAGCUGUGUGGAUAAUCCCUUCUCUCCACUCAUUUACGUCAUAUUUGACAGCAAUCAGAUCUACCCGGAAUAUCUAAUACACUUCGAUUGACAUUUUGGUUUUUUUUUUGUGUUUAUUAUUAGACCAUAAUAGCCAAGAGGACUGAGACUAAAUCUACUGUGGAUGGGUAUCCAAUGCAAGUCUGAUGAUCCGGCACUCGGUAGUCUGGCACGCCACCCAGUCUGACAGUGUUGUACCAUCAGGAUUGUGUCAUAUGGUGUCCAAUAUACAAAUCUAUGACUUUUUCUCCAGGACCCCCGCAGCUCCUAUUUGUGGUUAUCCAUAAGGCAUUUAAAGCGACAGUUCAGGACUUUGUGUGAUGCCAAACUGCACAAAACCUUGCCUUCUGUGGAACUGAAAUCACCUACUUGAAAACCUGGUAGCGCGGGAUUCUCUAGGAACAUUUUAUCACCAUUUCAUAUUUGUGCCCACACCCCUUGUGGUUCCCCAUUUCUUUGGAGGACUGAAGUUUAUUGUGAUGACUGCUGUGCAAGUCAGUGAUUUAUUUUGUAUGUGUUUUACAGCAAGCACUGUAUGUUAUCCAGGCAGAGCUGUUCUGUGUUGUGUCCAAUGUCAUAGAAAAUAAUCCACAGGGCGAAGCCUGUUAACAAUAAGGCCUUACAGGAAAGGCUGAUGAUGUAGCAGGGUUAAAUUUGUAUUGUAACAUCUUUGAUGUAGCAGAGAUGAAUGUGUUAUUUAAGAGCAUUUCUUUGCUGACUAAGGGUUUAGGUGCUUAGAACACCUAUUUUCAAAUACCGUACAAGGAAAUUCUGAGUUAUUACAUGGGAGUACCCCCAUUCAGGACCCUGGCCAGAGCGGACGGUAAAAAAAAAAAGAAAAGGCUUCAACUCUGAAGGCCCAUCACCUCCUUGCAUGAACAGCCCAUUGAUUUGAAUGAUCAGCAUGCAAUGCCUAAUUUCCCCUGUGGUGGCACUGCAGGCAAAUUGAACAGUUGCUGCUAGAUUGCCCUACUGACUAUAGCUGAUUGCUGACAUCCUGUGGUCAUCUUACAAUACUGUGUGUUUUUUUUUUUUUUAUGCAGUCCAAUAUAAAACCACAGAUUAUAUCAGCAUGAAUUAUACCACAUGACAAGUUCAGCUCUGCCACAUCUGUUUAUAUUAACACCUACCAAAUUCAAGGGCCAAAAAAAGUUCUCCGAUUUACGCCC